AUGGCCUUCCAGUCUGCCGACGUCGUCGCGGCCCUCGACAUGGUCCGACGUGCCGUCGCCGCCGGCGAUGACUUGAGUCAGCUCUUCGCCGAGUGGAGCGGAUUGGAACGGCGGGCCCUGGUGUCGGCGAUCAACAGUCCAGCCGCCGCCCCAGGGCCCGUCGUGUAUGGCGACUCGUCGAGGGUGACACCGGCGAGUUCAGUUGGAGCAGCGGCGGCCAUUCCGUCGCCGUCGGAUGACCUGUGCCCGGAACCUCCCGUCGAACGACAUCAAGCGCCUCCUUCGGCGCACGCGGGGGUUGCCGGCGCACCGUCGUCCUCGGCAGACAUGCCGCCGGCAGGAAAGCCAUCGGGUGGUGGAUACCCGCAGAAGCCCACCCGCCCGGCGCCGUCGGUGCCGAAAGGCGGCCCGCCGCAGAUGUGGGACCAGCUGGGGUUCCUCUGUCGCACCGACGCGGAGCUGGCCUACAAGCACCACCUCCCGACGGCAGAGGAGUACUACCGGCGCUACCAGACGGUACUGCCGGAUCGGAUCACCCCGUCGACGGUGAUUCCGACGGACCGCAUCGCCGAGGAGCUUCGCCGGCAGUUUGCGGAGGAGUCGCGGCAGCAGCGCACCGUCGAGCCCCAGGUCAAGGCGAUGCCAGCAGCGCCGGCACCGUCGCCGCCGGCUCCGUCGGGAGCAUCUCGCAGGGCACCCACACCGACGCCGCGAGAGAUGUAUCCCGACGCGGAUCCGAUUACUGGCGCCGGCUUCCCCAUCCUUCCCCGGCGGCCGGGGCAGAACGCCUCCCCCGCCGAGCUCGAGCGCCACAGGCGCGAGUACCGGCGUCUGGCUCACAUCCGCCGGGUGCUUUGCUCGCAGGAGUGGCGCGACCACGUCGAGCUGAUGGGCAAGUCCGGCGUGAGGUCCGACGUGCCGGUGCCGGAGACGCUCCGGCCCCUCACUGUCGCCAACCUGGAGCACUUGGAGGACAUUGAGAGGGCCGCCGCCGACGGUUCCACAGCCAUGGUACCGGCGGCCGCCGCAGCGGCUUACUAUGUGCUGCGAGCGCUGCCGCCCGGCGUCCGGGGAGGCCGCAUUCCGGAGAAGAUCCCCGGCGAGAUCUGGUGUGUCGGGUGGUGUGGGCACCCGUGCACCAACGGUCGCUGCCGAGGCAUUCCCGGCAGAUGCCUCCGUCCGGUGUUGAUUCGGGCCGGCGGCACCGUCGACUUGGAUCGCCACGACCACCAUGAGUGCGAGGUCGACCUCACCGACGGCCUUGUCGCUGGCGACGUGGGAAUUCAAGCCUCAGGGGGUGCGUCGGUGAAGCCUUCGCGGGCGCCACCGGCGCGAGAGAGGAGGGAGGCCGUCGCAGUGCAGAGGUUCGGUUGGCUCGAGACGGCGGACUUCGGCCGGCUGGUGAGGGCAUUCGUCGAGCUGGGGGCAUCCGACCAUUUGCCCCUGUUGCGCCGUGGACGUCGACUCACAGCUGGCGUCCCGGCCACAGCCCUCGAGGCACUCGCCGGCGGCUAUCGCUCCGUCCAGAACUAUUUCGACGCCGCGGUGUCAUACCAGGAACAGUUUCGCGGCGAGGCCGUCGACCCCCUCAUCCGGCGGGCCAUGCGACGCUAUGCACGGGCAGUGGUCCGUGGCUUGCCCGGCUCGAAGCUGAAGGCCAUUUUCGCCGUCGACCGCCUGGUGGCCCUGGUCUCCAGGGUGGACCCGCCGGGAGCCGACGCGUGGAGCCCGUGGGUCACGGCACACGCCGUCGACGCCCUCAUCCUGGCGGUGUGGUUCAUGCUCCGCGAGAUCGAGUUCUCAGCGGCGCGGACGCAGGACAUUGACGUCGCCGACGGCACCGUCGCCCUCCGGCUUCCCCUGCACAAGACCGCGACCGGCGGCGAGGUCGAGCUGACCCAACGCCAGCUACGGUGCGCUUGCGGGGCAACCGUGGCGCCGUUGUGCCCCUACCACGCGGCGCUCCGCCAUGUUUCCCGCCUUCGGCGUGCCGGACGGUGGGUGCGUGGGGCACCCCUGUUCCCCGACGGGACCGGUGACACCUGGGAGAAGUCAGAGACCGUCCUCUUCUUCCGGCGGGUCUUGCUGGCGGCGGGGAUCCAGCUGACCACCACCGACCACAACGGCGCCACCGUCCAGCUCUUCAACGGCCAUUUGGCACGGGUGGCCGGCGCAGCGUGGCUGGCGUCCAAAGGCGUCAACACGCCCAUCAUCCACUUACUGGGCCGAUGGUCGUCGGCCGCCGUCGAGCGGUACGUCCAGGCGGCGCCGCUGGCAGUCGCCCCGGACGUCCCUCGGCGCAUCUUGGCGGAUGACGUCGAGAUAGUCAGCGUCCGGCCGGCGUAUGGCGGCGCCAUCUCGCAGGCCAAGGCUCCACCGGCUCUCGGCCAUCAGCCGCCGCUGGCCCUGGAGGAUGGAGAGCCGGCUCAGGUGGAAACGCCGCCGCACAAGGAUCACUCCCCGACGGUCGCGUUCGAGCCCGGCCCCGUCAGACCGGAGACGGUGAAGCAGGUCGCCGUCGCGCCGCCGGAGCACCUCAUUUACAAUGAGCGGCAAAAACGGGCUCACGCCCCUGAUCCGACGGAGGCCUCGUCGGACCGCUUUCUGUGGAAAGCGCGGGGUUGUUCCUGGCCAUACGGCGUCCGGAGUUUUUAUAGGAUCACCGAGCUACCGGCGGGAGCCGCCAAGUGCCUUAGGUGCUUUCCGAAGGCCCCGUCGGCUGACGGUGUCGGGUCGCCGACGGAGGAGGCAGCCUCCCCAGUGGCAUCUAGCUCAGAUUCCGACGAUUCUUCGUCGUCCUGA